UUUCUCUAUUCCUUUGAACGUUGAUAAAUGUGACAACCUGCUUGAGCUCACUCAUGCUCACUCGCUCCAUUAAUCUUCCUCCAUCUCCUCCUCCCUCUUCCUGCAACCUGGAGCACGUGACGAAACCGACGAUAUAAAAUAGUUCUCAAGAAACGACAGUUGACGACCAUAUACCCACCUGAGCUUCCUUGUCUACCGGUACCAGUAAUCGUAUUCACACUCGUGCGAACUGUUUUUGACUGUGCCUUGCAAGACGAGAUGCACUCCUCACUCUGGCUCAUCGCGCCCAGCGACGACCACGCAUUCAACAAGUCGCUGAAAGAUCUCAUCUCAAACACAUUGCCCUCCGACUUUCCCCACUCGCCCAAGAACAAUUUCAUCCCCCAUGUGACGAUAACAUCGGACGUCGACCCGGCCAAGACGUAUGGAAACUCAUCAUCGCCGCAAGAAUGGCUUGACAACUUGACCCUUCCCGAAUUCAAACGCGAAACGGACGAAGUGACGGUCGAACUCGAACAACUCGAGGCUGGGGAGCCAUUUUUCAAAAAAGUCACCAUCCGCACCCGCAAGGACGACAACCUCGUCAAAUUCGCCGCCGCUUGUCGGCGACAGGGCCUCGCUAUCUCGGAGAGCGAAGCUCAAAAGUGGGCAGAAGACGAGUAUCUACCUCAUUUGAGUUUGUUCUACGGCGACGUACCCAAGGGUGACGUCGAGAAGAAACUCGGCCUGAUCGAGUUGCAAUUGGGCUUCGAACUGGGUAGUCUGUUCGACUGCUGUGGUGGGACUUUGGCCAUGGGGGCAAAGUUGGUGUUGGUCGACACGAGCAAGGCCAUCAGCGAGUGGGAGCCGAUCGCCGCCAGAGAUUGUCCCUGGGUCAUGUGGAGGAUGGCAAAAGGGUUGGUGUGAAUGCCGAUGAUGAUGAUGAUGAUGACUGCAAUCUUCUCUCAAAGUGUGUCAGUGAGUGCUGUGUUUGUGGCACUCCCAAGGAACCUGAACCCAAGGGUAUUGGGGGGGAAAUUUGUACUGUUUACGAGAUACCCACUCACGGGGAAGUAUUUAUAACGGAACAAAGUACA